ACUGAGAGACCUUACUUAGUGCGCGUGUGAUUUUCAACCCUUUUUUUUCCCCCUUUUUCUCUUAAGGCCUUUCGUUAUAUAAAUAAAACCCCCUCCCUUCUCUCAAACAACCCACUUCUCUCUCUCUCUCUCUCUCUCCAUACAACCAAAGCACAUAUUUGCCAUCUCUGUUUUCUUCUUCACGACUCUGUUUUUUUUCCCCCCCUCUUCUCUUGAUCACCACUCUGUUCAUACAUACACCAGACAACAACAUGACAAACCAGAAUGUGGUUGUUUCGGACGCAAAAGGCUUGGCAAUUGCCGUGGCCGUAGCGAACCAGUCCUUAUUCUCUUCCGCGCCAGGCGGGUGUAUCACCAUUUCUCGGAACAAGCUUCAGAGACUCGAAACCGGCGGCGGUGGAGCUAGGAUCAGCGCCUGGGUCGAUUCCAUGAGAGCUUCUUCUCCUCCGCGUACCACCAAAUCCAUUACUUCCUCUAAUCUUAUUUCCCAAGACGAAGAAAAAAGCUCUUGGACGCUUCGACACCCGUCGGCGUUGAGCAUGUUCGAGCAGAUAACAAAUGCUUCGAAGGGAAAGCAGAUUGUGAUGUUUCUUGACUACGAUGGUACUCUUUCUCCCAUUGUUGAAGACCCUGAUCGAGCUUACAUGUCCAAUGAGAUGAGAAAAGCUGUGAGGGCAGUUGCUAGAUAUUUCCCAACCGCCAUAGUGAGCGGAAGAUGCAGAGACAAGGUUUAUAGCUUUGUGAGAUUAGCAGAGCUUUACUACGCAGGCAGCCAUGGAAUGGAUAUCAAGGGUCCGUCAAAAUGUAGCAAAUACAAAAACGGUAAUGAGUCAGUCCUAUGUCAACCGGCCACGGAAUUCCUGCCCAUGGUCGAUGAGGUGUACAAAAUUUUGUUGGAGAAGACAAAAUCCAUCCCAGGCUCCAGGGUGGAGCACAACAAGUUCUGUAUAUCCGUACACUUCCGUUGCGUUGACGAGAAGAGUUGGGCUGCUUUGGCUGAGCAAGUUAGAUUGGUGAUCAAUGAAUAUCCGAAACUUAGAUUGACUCAAGGGAGGAAGGUACUAGAGAUAAGGCCAACCAUCAAAUGGGACAAGGGCAAAGCCCUCGAGUUCUUACUAGAAUCACUAGGAUAUGCCAAUUCUAAUGAAGUGUUGCCCGUAUACAUUGGAGAUGAUCGAACCGAUGAGGAUGCGUUCAAGGUUCUGCGCGAGAGAGGACAAGGAUUUGGAAUCCUUGUUUCUAAAGUUCCAAAGGAAACGAGUGCAUCUUAUUCUUUGCAAGAACCAUCCGAGGUUAAAAACUUUUUGAGGAGGUUGGUGAAGUGGAAAAGAUUGUCUAUGCGGAGAGAAUAUUAAAUUUAGAUCGGAUGUACGAGACACAAAGAAAGUGAAGUGCACCCCAAAAUUUUGUCAAGGGUGUAUCCAAGUUGUGUAAUAUUGUUUCUAAUCUUGUUGUGAUUAUAAAUGAUUUUACAUGAGAGAGACAAUUCCAAAAAAUUUGAAAAUUGUUCGAGUAUUUCUUCUCUUUGACUAGCUUCUCUCAUGUUAUUCAAUUGUUCACGUGCCUGCAUGGCCAAUAUUGUCCGAACUCAAAUUAAGCGUUUUCCUGUACGUUGUAAAAUCAUGUACUAUUCGGAAAUACCAAUUUAUAACAAAACCAACUAAUAAUCUAAAUUGCAUA